GUGGAUAAAUGAUCACAUUUCAACACUGGACCGCAUCAUUAUUCAAGUUUAAAUUUUGUUUUACAUUUUCAUACUCUUAUCAUUUGCCAAUGAAAAAUAAUCAAACUUGGGAAAUAUCCAGAUUCAGUCACCCACUGUUUCCUAAAUGCAGUGGAACGAGCAUAUAUAACUGUAUAUUAGUUGUCUAUUUUUUUCUUUUCUUUUUUUGAAAAAAUGGCUUUUCUGUUAGUUGUCUAUUCUUAGAUCAUUUCUAAAUGAUUUCUAUAUUGGUUUAGAAAAACUCUAUUUUAAAGAUCGGUUUUGUUCUACUGUAUAACUAUAUACUAGAAUUACAAUAUUUUAUUUUAGAGAAAAGUAUAUAGAAAAAUUAAAGAUGCUAUUAAUAGUUGAUUCAUGGCACUAACAAAAUAAGUACUAAUCUACAAUUAAUGUCUAUGUGUAGACAGAAGGAUAGACACAUACGUCCAAGCCGCGUGAGUGUCUGUGUGACUCAGAAGCUGACCUUUUUUUCACUUUGUAAGUUUUUCCAUCUCUGUACACACCAUAUAUAGUACUUUAUGAUUAUAAUUUUCUUAAAAAUCAAUAAAUAAUCAUAGCUCAAUAACAAAAACUUGACUCCAGAUGAUAAAAUUCCAUGUUUUAUAUUUCAACGAAGUUGCAAUUGUUUGAAAAUCUAAAGAUGAAAAUGAUUAAAACAAUCAAUUAGUCAUUAUUUGAGUAAGAGGUUUUUCUAUAUACAUUUUAAAUUCCAACCGCAGAUUGUGAAAAACAGUCCACAAGCAUAUUCUCUACUAGAAAUCGUUUGAAUGAAAGUUUCAGAAACUGUUGGAAUAAUUUAAAGAUCUCCAAAGGAAAACAAAAAAUCCUCAAUUGUAUUUUUCAGAUCACGCGUCAUAGAGUCAAAAAGCUUCGGCCAUGAUAACUUUAGUUGGUCGAUGUUCUAGGCAUUUUUCGUAUUAUAUGUUUAGUUCGUGGCAAUUAAAAUAUGCAUAAAGUAACAAAUUAGACUAUAACAUGGAAAUUACCAAAUGCAGAAUUUGAUAUCAAAAGUAUAUUGCAACCCUUUCUCAAAAAUGUAUAUUGCAACUCAAGGCCUUAAAAAGCUCAAGUAGCUACUUAAUGAUCAUCCAUUAGCUCUUGUCUGAAUUGGUAAACAAGAAAGAGAAAAAAGAAGACAACAACUAGAGAAAUGGGUCUUUGUGUUUCACACUUCUUCUCUUCCUCUCCUUCCAAAAUGACUAACAACCUCAGUAAUGGAGCAAACUUCUGGUCGACCAUAGACAAAACAAAUAGCAGCGUCGGACGAUCGAACCAAUUCUUGGGGGCUGUGAGCGACGGUCCCGGGCAGAUAUUGGAAUCAACAAAUGUCAAAAUUUACAGCUUCCUUGAUCUAAAGACUGCGACGAUGAAUUUCAAACCGGACUUGUUGUUAGGUCAAGGAGGUUUCGGCGAAGUUUACAGAGGUUGGAUUGAUGCCGAGACUCUUGCUCCUUCUAUAGCAGGCUCCGGUAUGACCAUCGCCGUCAGAAGAUUGAGCUCCGAGAAUGUUCAUGAUUUCGAAGACUGGCAAACGGUAGUUAACUUCUUGGGGAUGCUUUCACACCCAAAUCUGGUGAAGUUAUUAGGACACUGUCGUGAAGGCAAAGAGCUUCUGCUUGUAUACGAGUUCAUGUCCAAAGGAAGUCUUAGUGAUCAUCUUUUUCAACGAACCGAGCCUCUUCCUUGGGACGUAAGGAUCAAGAUUAUGAUCGGCGCAGCACGUGGCCUAGCGUUUCUACACGGCUCACAAAGAACAGUCAUCUAUAGAGAAUUCAACCCGUCAAAUAUACUUCUCGACUCGAAUUAUGAAGCGAAGAUUUCAGAUUUAGGACUAGCGAAGUUCGGAUCAUCACAAGCGAAUUCACACGUUACGAUUAGGAUCAUGGAAACAUAUGGUUAUGUCGCUCCUGAGUAUGUUGCAACAGGCCAUUUAUACGUUAAGAGUGAUGUAUACGGCUUUGGUGUGGUUUUAUUGGAAAUAAUGACCGGACUAAGAGCGUGUGACCGAAAACGGCCUCACGGACAAGAGAAUCUAGUCGACUGGUUAAGACCAAAACUCUCAAGCAAAAGCAAAGUGAAACAUAUAAUGGACAAAGGAAUCAAAGGUCAAUACUCAUCCAAGGUGGCAACCGAAAUGGGACACAUCACAUUCUCUUGUACAGAACCAGACCCGAGAAAACGACCACACAUGAUGGAAGUACUCGACGUACUCGAACACAUCCAACACAUUAACCUCGUCGUUGCAGACCCUUCUUCCACUAAACCUGUCAUUGCUAGCUCUUCUCAUUCUUCGCCAUGACACUAUCAGUAUUGAUAUCGAGCCGGUGUGUGGGCUAAAACGGAGGUCGUGUUUUGGAAGGUUUGAAUAAAGAAAGAAAUGGGUCUUUUAUGUUAUUUUUAUAGUCUUUUGGUUCAACUCUGUUUUAAAGUUAUUUGUGUACAAUAGUGUUUCCUUGUUUGAUUGUAUGACAUACUUAUGAAUAUAUUGUUUCCUUGUGGUGAGUUAUCCUCAUUUCAAGAUUGAUGUUGCCUUUUCAUAUUCUUACUCAACGAAAGGUCUGCGUUUUUUUCUUUUCAAUUUUCCAUUUUGAUGAUGUAAUUGUAAACAUAUAUGAAAGUGAACUGACAUAUUUACAAACUCCAGGUCCUAUUUUAUCAGAGUAAUAAACUCUC